AGUCGUCGCGGAGCUCAACCCGCACGACGCCACGGGCGGGACGUCGCUGGCCAUCACGCUCCCGGCCGGCAGCGCGCUGCUGUCCGACUGCCACGACGGCGACAGCAUCGCCGUCAACGGCGUGUGCCUGACCGUAACGUCCUUCACGCCGACGCGCUUCAGCGUCGGCGUGGCGCCCGAGACGCUGCGCGUGACGGACCUGGGCGCGCUCGCGGCCGGCUCGCGCGUCAACCUGGAGCGGGCCGUGCGGGCCGACACGCGCAUGGGCGGGCACUUUGUCCAGGGCCACGUCGACGCCGUCGCCACCGUCACGGACAGGCGGGCCGACGGGAACGCCGUCACGAUGCGGUUCGCGCCGGCUGUCGGGGUCGACGGCGGCGACCCCGCGGCCGUGCUCAAGUACGUGGUGCGCAAGGGCUACGUGGCGCUCGACGGGACCAGCCUGACGGUCACGCAGGUCAACGACGCCGAGGGCUGGUGGGAGGUCAUGCUCAUCGUGUACACGCAGGAGCGCGUGGUGCUGGCGCAGAAGCAGGUUGGGGAUUCGGUCAACGUCGAGGUGGACGUGCUGGCAAAGUACGCCGAGAAGAGUAUGGCCGGCUACAUCAGCUCGCUCGGCGCCGCCGGGAACCUCGAGAAGAUCGUCCAGGGCAUCGUGGCCCAGGGCCUCGGGCCAAAGUCCCAGUAGAGGGUACAGCAGGGCUCGGGAGAGGAUAAAAAAAGGGACACACGAUGGACUCUGGAGAAAGCAAGCAGAGGAGGACAAGUGCCAAAGGAACAGGUAUUAUCAGACAUAAGCUCUACACAGUCAAGCACCACCCCAGACCUCGGCGAGCUUCUGGCUGAAUGCCUUGGUGACCUUUUUGCGACCAAGCAGGCUGGCCAUCUGUCCCGAUACCAUCUCGCGCUUCCUCUUCUUGCUGGCCUCGUCGUUGCCGCCGCACGCCUCAAAGGCCU